UUCUUUUGCCGUAUUUUUGUUUCUCUCUACUGAAGGCGGGGGCAGGCUCUUGAUACAAAAAGAGAGGUAGAGGAUUCUUAAAAGAGAGGUAGAGGAAGAUAAGAAUGGAUGAUUUUGGGAGCAAGUUGAUACGGGUAACCCAGAAUGACAACGUGUUUGAAGUGGAAGACAUCCUCACCAACAUUCUCUCAAGGCUUCCUGUUAAAUCCCUCUUGAUAUGCAAGUCCGUUUCUAAAUAUUGGCGGGAUUUAAUUUGCAGUCCUAGUUUUAUGCAUUCGCAUCUAGUCCAAUCUCGAGAAAAAUCAAGUUAUGCUUUCUAUCCUUCUUAUCCCUCUUCGGACGACAACAUACCUUUGCUCACCAAAACUGAAAGAAAAACUACUCGAAGUUUCCUUGAUUGUGAUGGGUUUUACCUUAAACGUAUGGUUUGUUCCUUUAAUGGUUUGAUCUGUUGUAUUUACUUCCACGGCCCUAUAUUUUAUGAAUGGAUUAAAGAUAGUAGCACCUUUGACAUACAUAUUUGUAACCCUGCCACCCGAGAAGUCCUGUUACUCCCACCAACCCCCACAUCAGAACCUAAGAUUGGUGUUUCUUUUGGCCCUACAAUCAAUGAAUAUAAAGUAUUUCAGUUUUGCCACAGAAAAGAGCAACUUUAUGAAUGUAAGGUAUAUUCUUCCAUCGUUGGAUCCUGGAAAUCCAUGGGUACUGUUCCACACACUCCCUAUAGUUCUUCCAAUCAUGUAUGUAUUAAUGAAACGGUGUUCUGGUUUAGCCUAUCAAUAAUAGACGGGCGGGUGGUCGGCCACAUCCUUGCAGUUGAUAGGGAGGAAAAUUUUAGCAUAAUUAGGAUUCCAAAGGAAGAAACUAUGCGCCCUUUCUUGGUGAAUAUUGAAGGUUGUUUGUGUCUGGUGGCUCGACGUGGACUUGGCCGACUUGAUAUAUGGGCUUUACAGGAUAGUAAGGAGUCAGUUUGGGUGAAGAAAUGGAGUGAUAAUAUCCCCCGACAUUUUAAGAUUGAACACCUUUGCUAUGUAACUGUGCAAAAGAAUGAAAUUCUUUUUGCAAAUUGGGUACGUUCUGUUAUUUAUAACAUGGAGACCAGAACUUGGAGAGGAUGCAACUGGGAACAUGGUCGUGAAGACAUGUUUUCUCUUCCAAUGGCAUACACAGAGAGCCUCCUCCCAUGUAAGCAUCGAAAUGUAAAUUAG